AUGCUCUGAUUGGGCAAGGGGUCCAUGAGAACAUACACGCGGGCUGGCGAUGUUCUUGGGCUUUGGGGCCUAACCCUAUUGAGCCGGGCCUAGCUCGCCGUGCUCGCGCCAAAAUUAGGCCCAGCUCGAAACCCAGCUGGCCAGAGGGCAGACGCUCACACCACCGGGCUCUUCGCCGGCGGCGGCGAACCCGGCUCCAGUCUCCUUCCGCCGGAGCACGACAGCGCACCCCGAAGGAACUCUUCCCUCGUAGUCGUCGUCCUCGCUUCUACCGGUAUUGGAUUGGCGUGGAGGAGGCCCAUCCGGACUUGAGACUGCAGUUCUUUUGUUGAUUGUGCUGUUCAGCUGAAAAUGAAGGGACUACUUCCCAUUAAGGGUACAUUGCUGGCCUCAGGGCGUGGAAAGAACGCUCCGAAGGAGCUCGAGAACGUCUUGAACCGAUAUUUUGGAUACUCAGGGUUUCGAGGAAAACAACUCGAGGCUAUAGAAGCUGUUCUAUCAGGAAGAGAUUGCUUUUGUUUGAUGCCAACUGGAGGUGGAAAGUCAAUGUGCUAUCAGAUUCCUGCUCUAGUGAAGACAGGCAUUGUUCUUGUUAUUUCACCCUUGAUAGCGCUGAUGGAGAAUCAGGUUGCCAGCUUGAAAAAUAAAGGAAUUCCAGCUGAAUUUCUCUCGUCAACACAGACAUCUCAUAGUAAACAAAGGAUACACGAAGACCUUGAUUCUGGUAAUCCUUCUUUAAAGUUGCUAUAUGUCACUCCAGAGCUGGUUGCAACUGCUGGCUUCAUGGCAAAGCUAAUGAAGCUUUACAACAGAGGUCUUCUUGGUCUUGUUGCUAUUGAUGAGGCUCACUGUAUAUCAACUUGGGGCCAUGAUUUCAGACCUAGUUACCGCAAGCUUUCAUCACUAAGGAAUAGGUUCCCAGAUAUCCCUUUGUUAGCUUUGACUGCAACCGCUGUCCCAAAGGUCCAGAAAGAUGUGAUAUCAUCAUUGUGCCUGCAAAAUCCAGUAGUUCUUAGAGCAUCAUUUAAUCGACCUAACAUAUUCUAUGAAGUUCGUUACAAGGAUCUCCUUGAUGAUGUUUAUUCUGAUAUAUCAAAUUUACUGAAGUCCAGCGGAAAUGUUUGCUCAAUUAUAUAUUGUCUUGAACGGGCAGCUUGUGAUGAUCUAAGCAUGCGUUUGUCACAGCAGGGUAUCUCAUCUGCUGCUUAUCAUGCUGGCCUAAAUAGCAAAGUGCGAAGUGCUGUUCUUGACGACUGGCUUUCGUCGAGAACUCAAGUUGUUGUUGCAACUGUAGCAUUUGGAAUGGGUAUUGAUAGAAAAGAUGUCCGUAUUGUAUGCCACUUCAACUUGCCUAAGUCAAUGGAAUCCUUCUACCAGGAGUCAGGAAGAGCUGGUCGUGAUCAACAGCCUUCCAGGAGUGUUUUGUAUUACGGAUUAGAUGACCUGAGGCGAAUGGAAUUUAUUUUGAGAAAUACCAAAACUAAGAAAUCAGAGUCGUCUUCCUCUUCGACUGAGCUUGCAGAAAAGGCCCUUGCUGACUUCAGUCAGAUUGUUGACUACUGUGAAAGUUCUAGCUGCCGGCGAAAAAAGAUUAUUGAGAGCUUUGGAGAGAAAGUACAACCAACUUUAUGCCAACACUCAUGCGAUUCUUGCAAGCACCCAAAUCUAGUGUCCUCACGUCUGGAGGAACUUCGUCGUGUGCCCAACUGCCGCUAUAAUAAGAUCUCUCCAGUCUUCAAAAGCUCAUUAGUUAAUCCAGAGCACUUGGACACAGAAUUCUGGAAUCGUGAAGAUGAGGCAAGCAUAUCAGCUGAAGACAUAUCAGAUUCUGAUGAUGGGAAGUCGGUAGUGAGCAAUAUUGCCAUUUCAAAGUUUCCAACAAAAGCUGGCCUGGAUGCAAAAUUUAAAGCCCUGGAGCGUGCUGAAAAUGCUUACUAUCAAGCCAACGGUCAGACUAAGCAGCAGGGUGGCAGCCUUGUUGACAAGAAAAGCAUAUCUCAGGCGCUAAGAGAUGCGUGCAGGAAAAGAUUGUUGGAUGCCCUUGGACAAGCAAAGCUGCGGCAUGGGAAUCUAUUAUGUGAUGCAGAGGCUUCCGCCACUCACCUUGAAACAGAGUGCUUCAAAAAGUAUGAGAAAGUGGGCAAGACGUUCUACAACUCACAGAUAGCUGCCACAGUCCGGUGGCUGUCAUCUGCAACAUCCAACCAGAUGCACGACCGCCUCCACGGUCGUAUCGACCAAACUACAGAUCAUGGUGCGCCGAGCUCCCCUUGCGUCGUCCCAGAGUUGCCUCCAGUAGCCCCUGAAGUCAUCGGCUCAUGGCCAGGAGAAGUCAGUAAUGACCAAGCCAAGGUCAAACGCCAGCCGGAGCGCAUUGAUGAGUUGGAAAAGAGGAAGCAUUCCGACGAGCCUGCAAAGACCGUGGCUUCGGCUGGAAACAUGGAGCUCCCCACAAUACCAUCGUUCAGAGAAUUCUUAAGCCAAAAAGGGAAGGACCACACAAUGAGUUCUAGUACUAAAGCGGAGAGCCAGCCUUCUGGUAUCCGUAGGAAGUCUAGUGUUGUGAUUGAGAAGCAAGAAGCCAACAAGAAGAGGAAAUCAUGAGCCUUUGACCUGCAUGUUGGGCAACUUCCUCCCUUAAAUGAAUUUUGCAAGUCUUUCCUC